AUGUCGGACGCGAUCCGGGAGCAAAAGAUUGAGGCCGAGCAUACUGAGAAGCGGCGCACUCUACAUCCUGAUGAAUUGCCGCUUCCUCAAGAGUUGGAUCAUCUUGAUUCCGAUGAUUUGAGAAUUUUAGAGAAAGGCCUAACGCGUCGGUUGGAUUUGACUCUGAUGCCGACUGUUUUCAUCCUCUUUCUUUUGAAUAUCCUGAACAACAUUGCGAGUGCUAAGAUUGCUGGGCUACCUGAGACUCUCAAAAUGACAAACAAUGAGUACAAUACCUGUUUACUCAUGUUUUACGUAGGUUAUAGCCCAUUACCUAACUUUCCACCAGACUGUAUCACUCAGGUCCCCUCCAACCUUAUUAUAGGAAAAGUUCGACCGUCGUGGUAUAUAUGCCUCAUUACUUCUUUAUGGGGUGCUGUCUCGAUGUCUCAGGGCUUUGUCAAGAACUUCUCUGGUCUUGCUGCCGUCCGCUUCAUCUUAGGCCUCGUCGAAGCUCCUUUCCUGCCGGCUGUUUUUGUCCUAAUGUCAUGUUGGUACACCCGCAGAGAGUUACCACCAAGAAUUGCGAUCCUUUAUGGUGGAAAUAUGAUAGCAACUGCGUUCUCGGGCCUUAUUGCUGCUGGUAUCAUAUCGAAAAUGGAAGGCAAAGCAGGCAAGCCAGCAUGGGAAUGGCUUUUCAUAAUUGAAGGAGCCAUGACAGUGGUCAUUGCUCUCCUAGUUCUUCCUCUUCUGACCGACUAUCCCCUCCAAAGCAAACAUCUUUUCAUCUCCCAAGAACAACAAUUAUACGCAGAAUGGAGAAUUCGCAAGGAAAACGCUGGAAUCGUUGAUGAAGACCCUGAGUCCAUCUUCUGGGGUCUCAAGCAAGCACUGAUCGACCCUAAGCUAUAUCUUUUCAUUAUACAACAGAUGGCUCUCAUCACUGCACAAUCUUUCAACAAUUUUUUCCCUUCUAUCGUUGGAACCCUCGGCUACGGCCGCACAACAACGCUGCUUCUCACUUCACCACCAUACUUUUUCGCUUUCAUCGUUUCUCUCUGUGUGUCAUUUCACGCAGCAAGUAAGAAUGAGCGAGGCUACCACAUCGCUAUUCCAAUGAUGUUCGCCCUUCUCGGAAACAUAUUGGCUAUGUUCGUUCCCUCCCUCGGCGGCCGCUAUUUUUCAAUGUUCCUGAUGACAUCUGGAUCUUAUGCACCAUACAACCUCUGCGUCAGCUGGCUCUCUGCAUCUCUUCCACGGCCACGCGCCAAGCGUGCUGCCGCGCUAGCCAUCGUCAACUUCAUGGCUGCCGGAGUCGCACACUUCUACACGAGCUACAUGUUCCCUGACAGCCAGAAGCCACGUUACUACGCCGGCGGCAGUGUCAUGUCCGGCGCAUGUCUCGUUUGCGCGGGCGUGGCAUUGUCGAUUAAAUACUAUCUCAAGAAGCAGAAUGCCAAGUUUGAGGAAGAGGAGAGGUUGGGUGUCACAAGUCAUAGUCACAUUGUCGGCUCUAAAGCUGGCCGUGGUGGAGAGGGCGUCGUGAGUUUUCGAUACGUUCACUAA